AUGGCUUCUUCUUCAAAUAAUCACAAUAACCCUUUCGAUGAAUCAAGUCAUCGCACAAUUGAUCAACAAGUUGAUGAUUACUAUGAUCAAUACGUUGAUCAGGCUUUUGGUAAUUUGAUGCUUCAUUACCAACAAAACCUGGAGGCAAGGCCGUCAAAAAAAAAACGGGCUUAUAUUGAAAGAGAUCGGGAGGCAGGUCAUACACGGUUAUGGAAUGAUUACUUCAGUGAAGCUGCAACAUAUCCAGCUAAUAUAUUCCGACGCCGUUUUCGAAUGAAUAAGCCAUUAUUCAUGAAAAUUGUUGACCGAUUUUCCAACGAAAUUCGAUUCUUCCGACAAAAAAAAGAUGCUAUUGGAAGGCCUGGUCUCUCGGGACUUCAAAAAUGCACCGCAGCAAUUCGUCUUUUGGCUUAUGGAACUGGAGCUGAUGCAGUAGACGAAUACCUUCGGCUUGGUGAAUCUACGGCUCGCUCCUGUUUGGAACAUUUUGUUGAAGGAAUAAUACAUUUGUUUGGUGAUGAAUACCUACGAAGACCCACACCUGAAGAUCUUCAAAGAUUACUUUAUGUUGGAGAGGAUCGCGGUUUUCCCGGAAUGAUAGGAAGCAUCGAUUGUAUGCAUUGGGAGUGGAAGAAUUGUCCCACCGCUUGGAAAGGACAAUUUACACGUGGUGCUGAAAAACCCACAAUCGUUUUGGAAGCGGUAGCUUCAUAUGAUCUUUGGAUAUGGCACGCAUUUUUUGGUUCCCCAGGUAAAGCUUCGCAAGUGCAUUAUUCUGUCAACGGAAGGGAUUAUCACUUAGCUUACUAUCUCACGGAUGGUUUUAGGAGAUUUGGUUUUGCAAAUGGCAACAAAGAUGGUUUCUUGGGUGGAUUGAGGAAACUCUUUAAAGAACAAUGGCAAGCCGAUGUACUCCUAAAGGGAGGAGACAGUGAUGAGCAUGCAGCUAUCUCCGCACACAAACUUGUUCUGGCAGGAAAAUCUAUGGUGUUUAAAAAGAUGUUGGAAUCAGACGAGUUCAAGGCUUCAUCUAAGCUAGAGACAGUCACUCUCUCUGAGAUGAAACACGAAGAAGUCGAAGCUUUAGUUGACUUCAUGUACAGCGUUGACGGAUCCAUUUCUUGUGAAAGUCUCAAGAAACAUUGUUACGUUUUAGCUAUGGCUACUCAAACCAACAAAGACCAAUUCUUGGGUGGACUUGCAAAGGUCUUGGAAGAACAAUGGCAAGUUGACGUACGGCUCAAGGCAGUGGACAGUGAUGAUGAUUCAGCUAUCUCAGCACACAAAGUUAUUCUGGCAUCAAGAUCGGAGGUUUUAAAGAAGAUGCUAGAAUCAGACGAGGUUAAGAAUUCAGCUAACCAGGUGGAGACAAUCACUCUCUCGGAGUUGAACACAGACGAGUUAGAAGCUUUGGUUGAGUUUAUUUACAGUGAUGGCUCUACGCUUUCUGCGAAAGUGAAGCAACACGUUCGGUCACUCUAUUUUUUGGCUGACAAAUACGUGAUUCUACAUCUACGUGACCUAUGCAGAAGCGAGCUUAUAUCUUCUCUGAAUCCGGAGAAUGCUCUUGACUUCCUUGAGCUCGCUCAGAUCCCUUUUGAUAAAGUCCUCCAUGAUGCAGCCUUCAGUUUUAUCAAAAUGAAUAUAAAUACCAUUGCUAGCUCGGAGAAGUUCAAGGUAUUCGUAGUCAGUAACCCAAAUCUUGCCUUGGAGAUAAUGAAGGCUUCUCUUACUUCGAAGGGUAAUGGAUAUUGUUCUAGAUGUGGUAGCUAUAAAUUGUACUGUAGGUCUUGCGGCCACUAA